AUCAUAAAUUGAGCCAACCACCACCACAUAUAAUCCAAAAAAAAAAAAAAAUGAUGACCGGCGAAGGAAAGGUGGUUUGUGUCACCGGAGCUUCCGGAUACAUAGCUUCUUGGAUUGUUAAGCUUUUGCUCCUCCGUGGCUACACCGUCAGGGCCACCGUUCGAAACCCAUUGGAUACAAAGAAAACAAAGCAUCUUCUUGAACUUGAAGGUGCAAGUGAAAGACUAAAACUGUUCAAAGCUGAUCUUAUGGAAGAAGGUUCUUUCGAUGAAGCUAUACAAGGAUGUGAUGGUGUAUUCCAUACUGCUUCUCCUGUUUUAUUCAACGUUACGGAUCCUCAGACUGAGUUGAUCGAUCCGGCCGUUAAUGGUACUUUGAACGUUUUGAAAACGUGUGCAAAAACUUCCUCUGUGAAGAGAGUCGUCCUUACGUCGUCCACAGCUAGUACUGGUACUACUGAUCCAAACGUCGUGGUGGACGAAACCAUCUAUAACGAUUCAAGUUUAUGCUUAUAUAUGAAGGAAUGGUAUGCAUAUUCGAAAAUCGUAGCCGAGGAAGCAGCGGUUAAGUUCGCUAAAGAAAAUGGGAUCGAUUUGGUUGUAAUGAAUCCGGGAAAUGUGAUCGGACCAGUUUUGCAGCCGAUUCUUAAUUACUCUGUAGGAGUGAUUGUGGAUCUGAUGAAUGGUAAAUUCCCUGUUUAUAGUUUCUACUACAGGUUCGUGGACGUGAGAGAUGUUUCUCUAGCUCAUAUCAAAGCGUUCGAGGUCCCUUCUGCUAGUGGCAGAUACAUCCUUGUUGAUCCUGAUGUAACAAUGAAAGACAUUCACAAGUUAUUACAUGAACUGUUUCCUGAACUGUGCAGUGUUAAUAAGGAUGGAGAGAAUGAGCUGAGUGAAGCGGCAUACAAAGUGUGCGUCGAUAAAUUUAAGAGUUUGGGAAUUGAGUUCACUCCUAUAAAAGAUAGUCUCAAUGACACCAUUGUUAGCCUUAAGGAGAUGUCUCUUCUUAUAUGAUCCUUGACAAAGGACUCUUGAGUUAUUUUUCUUGUGAUUUCAAUAAUAAAAACUGUAUCUGGAUUAAUUUAUAAAUAUGAUGUCUAAGCUUCUGCAA